AUCUUUUUGUCAAUUUUCGUCUCGUUAACUUUGUCGUACAUGAUUGUGCAAAGUUAUGGAUAAUGAUGUUUUUGAUAAUCUAUUGAUUCAAAGACAACAUUUAUCAAUGGAAGAACGGAAUCUUUUAAAAAACACGAUAUAUGAUAUGGAUGCUUUCCAUUCCAUGAUGGACAUUAUUUUGAAUAAAGAGAACAAUAAUAUUCAAAACUGUUUGAAUAUUAGGAACAAUCCAGGAUCGUCCAUAGAGGAAAUUCCAUCAGAGAUAAAUCAUAAUACUGAUUGUGUUUCUGAACAACCGGAAAUGCCAUAUUCUUUUGUGGAGAGUGUAAAUACCGAAGUGUUUAACAAUCCAGAAUCAUCCAUCACAGAAAUUCAGUCGGAAAUAGGCCAUAAUACUGAUGAAGUUUCUGAACAACUUGAAACUCUGAAUUCUCUUGUGGAAUGCGUAAAUUCAGCAGAAAUAUUUGAUAAUUCCAAAUUAGCCACCUCGGAAAUUCAAUCAAAGAUAUCUGUUAGUACUGAUAAUAUUUCUGAACAAUCCAGAACGUCGAAUUUUUCAGAAUGUAUAAAUGCUGAAGCGGUUGACAAUCCAGGAUCAUCUACCAUGAAAGUUCAAUCGGAAAUGUGCCAUAGUACUGAUAAUCCUGUAUCUACCAUGGAAAUUCAAUCAGAAAUGCGUAAUACUAAUGAUCCAGAAUCAUUUGUGGAAAUUCAGUCAGUGCACUACAGUAAAUACCACAGUGCUGAUAAAAUGUAUAAACAACUUGAAAUGCCGACUUCCAUGGACACAAAUAUAGAUCUACCACUAUCACCAAAACCAUCCACCUCCAUGGAAGAUCCAUCAGAGAUACCACAUAGUGCUAACAAAGUUUUUAAACAACCAAAAGCAAUGAAUUUUUCUAGAAACCACCCAAGUGCUGAAGUAAUUGAUGUCUCAUCUGAUUCUGAUACCGAUACCUCUGGUGAUUUUUUUAAAAAUUUUGAGAAUUCUGAGAAUUCUUCUGAGAAUUCUACUGAGAAUUUUUUUGAGAAUUCUUUUGAGAAUUCUAAUGAUUCUUACGAUGAUAUCUCAAUUAUCAAUACUGUAAAUAAAACAAUUAUUGAUGAACCUAUAUUUUCAUGUUCUGCUUCCCAGCUGAAUGGUAAUAAUGAUAAUAUAUCGUUGAUAAACGAAAUUCAUGUUCUAAGUACUGGCAAUGACAGACAAGCUGCAGAUGUUAACAAUAAGAUUCAAGAUAGGCCUAAAGACAUUGAGGAAAAUAAUAAUGUUUUAUACAUAAAGAAGAAACGAUUAAAUAGUUCAACACCAGAGUGCAGUAAAUAUUCUGAAGAUACAUUCCUUGACAUGAAAGAUUUCUACAAUUUGUCCAAUAUAGAUGAAUUAAUAAAAGAUGCAAAAUUAAUACAUGCUCUUCUACCUAGAUAUAGUUAUCAUUCGAUUCAUAGAAAGCUUACUAUUAAUCGAUUUGCAAGAAAUCGUAUUGAGCUUACAUUGUGGGAUUUAUUACCAAAGGAAAGACCGCUCCCACAAUUCUUAAAGAAACGAAAAUGUUCGAAUAAAAUAAGCUUUAUAGAUCAUAAAAAGAAUUUCCAUAUUUUUCUACAAGAAGAUCAGGUAGAUACAAAUACAGCUUUGAGAAAAAAAGAACAGUUGUGUAUGAAAAACGAGGUAAUUGCUGAUAAUAGAAAAUUAGAAAAUAUAGCACUUGUAUCAUCAACAGAUGAGAAUAAUGAAAUGAAAAAGAAUAUGUCAGAAGUAGCAGCUUCAAAUAAUAUGAACGAUAUCAACCAAAGCAUAAUACCUUUCAAAAAAACAAAGUUAAAUCAUAAAUCGGAUGAAUCUAUUACAUCCGUUAAAGACGAUAACAAUACUUGCAAUAUUAACAUUGUUCCAAAUUCAAAGAUAUUCGCGUCACCAGAAGUCGGUACAGAGAGUAAAGAAUUGCAUUCGAUCAAGCAUUCGGAAGUUAGAAAAACGUAUGAAUCUGAUAGGCAUUCAGAAUUCUAUAAAGUUCAUAAAGUUGUGGCACCGGCAAAGUUAACGCUUCAAAGUAAUUUCACGACACAAAAAGGUGAAAAGUUUCAUAAACCGAUAACUCCUAUUUUAUCACCGCCAAAAUUAAAAGUUCUUACUAAAAAUACAAUAUCUACGAUGUCACCAAUAGCUGUUUCUAUACCUAUAUGCUCUAUACCUAAAAGGAUGGGACCUACUAAUAUAAUGAAACAAAAUAAAUCAAUAAUUGUUCGUCCAAAUCUAAAUGAACCAAUAAUUGUUCGUCCAAAUUCAAAUUCAUCUAUAAGCCAAUAUCCAAUAGGAGGAAGAUUUACUACCUGUCCUAAUGUAAUAAAGCAGAAUGAACCGAUCACUUAUGUGUCUCAUCUAAAUUCAAGUUUAUUUGCACCAACUUCUACGUUACCAGGUACAUCAUCAAAUGACAAAAGAGCAUCUGAUAUGCGUGUUGUACCUCUGCAACACUCAAUGUGUCAAUCGAUUAAUCGGGUAAAAAUAGAACCUCGAAUAGAACCAUAUGUAUCAAAAGUUAUAGAAAAAGACGGCACUAAAGUUGUUAACGCCCAUACUACAAAGACAUUAGUAGUACCUGCAACAAUAAAUACUCCAUCGACUUCAGUAGCUCCCGCUCAAAAUACCUCACAUCUCCAAAAAGCAAGCAGUAGCAAUAUGACUACAUCUCAGGUUUACGAUAAAGGAAGCUUACAGCAGCAGUCACCGAUACUAACUCAAACAAAACUCAUUGCAAUGUACGAUCCAAGUAAAAUGAAUUGUAAAGUAGAGCAACUAGAAAAAAAAGAUGCAAUAGGAAUUAAAAAAUUCAAAAUACACACAUACAUGGACAAGAUGGAAGAAGUAAUAAACAAUGCUGAGCAAAAAGAAAUAGUAUUAAAUGAAAAAGCUACUAAAAUAUUUGUCAAAUUAAUACCUAUGUUUCCAACUGUAAAAACUAGUUUUAUUAAGAAAUUAUGUUAUGACGUGAAAGAUGAUGGGAGAGAUGAAGUAACAUUAGUUGCUGCUUUAGUUGAGACGCUACUCAACUGUGAUCAAAAAAAUUUAUCGGUAGAACAAGUAAAACCAUUAGAGACACAGGCAACAACUUCGAAAUCUUAUGAUAUGAAUGAACAAUAUGCGGAUUUACUGAUGAUAUUUCCUGAAGCAGACCCCGUAUACUUAAGAAAAGUAGCUGAGGAAAUAUAUAGUGAUCCCGAACGGAUAAAACAAUUUGUUCAGUCAAAAUUAGAAAACCCUGAUUAUCCAACGCGAGCGCAACAUCUGGCUAAACAAAAGAUUACUCAACAACAAAAGCAGUAUACUACGGAUUUUCAAGUAAAACAGUUCUUAGAGAUAUUUCCAGAUCCAUUUGCGUACUUCGAAGAUGAUAAGAGGAAAUGCGAAUUCAAUCCGCACGCAGUAGAUUUUCUCAAAUAUUACUUCAGUAAAAUGAGGGUAAACACUUUGGUGAAGGCAUAUAGUCAGUAUAUGAAUAAUUUAAGUUUAACUGCGAAGGCUCUGGAGGCGUUAAACCCUGAUAUGAAAACUAAACGAUAUUGUAACAAGACGACUGUAACAGAAGAUAUACCGUUUCUUCAAGAAUGUGCUUUUAUACAACAUAAAGCAGAGCUUAAAAAAUAUCUAGAUGAAGUAAAAGCAAAAGAAGAGCAAGAAUUUAAUGAACUUAAAGCAAAAAAUGAAUUGCUUGAAUGUCAAUGUUGUUAUGAUGACGAAUGUAUGCCAUCAAAGUGUUCCACGUGUGAGGAUGGUCAUAUAUUUUGCAAUUCAUGUAUUAUACGGAGUACAGACGUGGUAUUAGGAGACGGCAAUACGCGCGUUGAUUGCUUAUUGCAGUGUGGUUCUGAAUUUCCAUUAUCUAUACUUCAGCGAGUAUUACCGCCAACUAAAUUUAGUAUUCUGCUUUGUAAGCGACAAGAAGCAGAGGUAAUAGCUGCUGGAGUCGAUGGUUUAGUAUCUUGUCCCUUUUGUCAUUUUGCAUCUAUACCACCACUCGAAGAUAAGAUUUUCAAAUGCCUUAAUCCAGAAUGCAUGAAAGAAUCUUGUCGAUUAUGUAAGGAACUUAAUCACAUACCAUUGAAAUGCAACGAAAAGAAGUCAGAAUCUGCACGUUUAUAUUUGGAAGAGAAGAUGACUCAAGCUUUGGUACGGAAAUGCUAUCGUUGUAGUCGAAUGUUCUUUAAAGAAGAAGGCUGUAACAAAAUGACUUGUGUCUGUGGCGCUCAAAUGUGUUAUAUUUGCGAUAAACCAGUUACUGAUUAUAAGCAUUUUCAAGGUCAAGGAGCAGAACGUUCAAAUCUUUGCCCACUGUGGAGCGAUGAUCGUCGUCUGAAUGCUGAGGGAGUAAUCAAAGUAUGUAAAGAAACUAUGAAGCAAAUUAAAGAGAAAGAUCCUCAUGUCGAUAUAAAUGUGGAUGCACUUUUACCAAAACUACCGCCUAAAAGCAAGGGUCCUCAUGAAGAUAUUCAAAAUGCAAUGAUGGGAUUACGAGAUAGGAUUGCUAGACAACUGCAAUAACAACUUUGCGUUACUAUUAAGAAAAC